AUGUCGGCGCCGGAUGCUAAGAAGACCAAGCCGGCAGGAGGCUCAGUCAAAGCUGCGGUCAAGACGCUGGCAGCUGGCGAUCCGCUUCAGCCGGAUCAGGCCAAUGCGGCCAUGCGCGAGAUCAUGAACGGAGAGGCCACAGCUGCCCAGAUGGGGGCUUUCCUGGCCCUUCUAUCGUUGGAGAAGUGCACGCCGAGCAUCGUUCAUGCCCUGGCCGAUGUGAUGCGAAGCAACGCCUUAGCAGUGGAGGUCCCGCGAGCUGCUGGGCCCAUCGUCGACAUUGUGGGCACUGGUGGGGAUGGUCAGGACACGUUUAACAUUUCAACUGCGGCCGGCCUGGCGGCAGCUGGUGCUGGAGCUCGAAUUGUCAAGCAUGGCAACCGCGCCGCCUCCUCCAAGAGUGGCGCAGCUGACAUUCUGGAGGCUUUGGGUGCAAAGCUCGAACUCGCGCCUGCUGAGGUAGCACCGGUCCUUGCUGCCGGCAGCUUCGCUUUUCUUUUUGCCAGGUCUUAUCACCCGGCAAUGCGCCACGUCGGGCCAAUCCGACAGGAGAUGGGAAUCCGGACUGUGUUUAACAUCUUGGGCCCUCUGACGAACCCGGCAAGACCUGAUGGAAUGGUGUGUGGUGUCUUCACCGCAUCGCUCGGACGUUCCUUCGCUGAGGUCUUCAAGCUGCUAGGAAUGAAGCGUGCUUUGGUGGUCCACGGCUGCGAGGGCCUCGACGAACUUUCCAUUGCCGGCCCGUCAAAGGUCUGGGAGUUGAAGGAGACCGGUGAGAUCUCUGAGUACGAAGUUCGUCCCGAGGACUUCGGUGUCGCUGCACAUCCCUUGUCUGAGGUUGCAGGCAACAGCCCCGAGGAGAACGCAGUGGAGAUGCGUGAGCUCCUUGCAGGAAGGGGUCGCUUGGCAGUGCGCGAGAUGGUGCUGAUGAAUGCCAGCGCUGCUCUGUACGUUGCGGGAAAGGUGCCAAACUUCAAGGAGGGCACCGCAGCUGCGAAGGCAGCACUUGAAAAUGGUGCAGCUGUGAAGACACUGGAUGCUUAUGUUGCGGCAUCCAAAGGCAGCUGA